AUGUUUAUUGGACAUCGUCGAUACAGAGAUUUUAUAUGGGCUCGAUAUAUAUGUCGCUUAUUCUUUAUUGUUUUCAUAACUACGUUUAUCGUUCAAUACAUAUUUAGAAAACUAUCAACAACUAAUCCAAUAAGAGAUGUAGAUAGGUCAGUGCCGGUUACUACUAAAAAAAGUAUAGUCAAUCCACCACAUGUUGUGUUUUCAAAUCGUUAUAAACGUGAAUCUCUCUACAUCAAUCUAACGCAAUGGAAACAAUCUCUUUGUAGUGAGAAAGCAGAUCGUCGAGGGCCACAUCAAAAAAUACUCACUUAUUCUAUCUUUGGACCAGAAUCACGCAAAUUUGAAAAUGAAAAAUUUACAUGGGACAAACACAUCGAAUUGUUGACACCACUCGUGCUUGAAGCUACGCAGCUUUUUCCUGAUUGGAUUAUUCGCUUAUACGUUGAUUUUCGAGGCAGUUCUGAAGCUCAUAGACAAAAUCUAUUUCAAUUCUCUAAUGUCGAUGUAUGUGAUAUGCAUCAUUUGCCAGUAUUUAAUUCAUCUCUACUUGAUUUUCUUCCUGGAAGAUUAUGGCGAUUUAUUUGUAUAUUUGAUCCAUUUGUUGAUUUUGUUCUUUCACGUGAUCUUGAUUCGCCAUUGAUCGAACGUGAUCUAGAUACGAUCAAACCUUGGUUGUCAUCAAAAGAAGAAGACAAAUUUUUUCAUAUAGUUCGUGAUCAUCCACAGCAUAAUACAGAAAUUCUCGCAGGAACAUGGGGAGCAGCACCAUCUCGAGCUCGUGAAAAGCUCUUUAAUUUAUUUUAUCCAAUGUUAAAGCCACGUCUAAGUAUUCGUCUCGAUGGCAUGGGUGAUCAAUAUUUUCUCACGCGCAACGUAUGGCCUCACGUGCGGUCUGGUGCUCUAGUUUUUGAUAGUUAUCUAUGUCAACUCUAUGGUGGUCAACCUUUUCCUUCUCAACGACCGAAUCCUUCGUGUUUUGUUGGUUGUUAUCGACCGUGUUGCAAUGGAUCGAACGAUGAAAUCAGCUUGUAUACAAUCAAGAUACCAUGUCCUGUUGCAUGUCGAUCUACUGAUCAUCUGGAUUGGACUUACUGCUAA